AUGGAGGAAAACAAACCCCGUGCACGCAUGGUAGACGAAGAAAUCGAAACAGAUGAAAUUGAAUACUGGGAGCGAGCAACCACAACUAACCCUCCGAAAAACAAAAAGCUCCAAGUCGACAUGACCCCCAGCAUCGACAUCGAAAAUUUAAAUCUCUCAGGUUUCCUCCAAAGAGUCAUGCCGCUUAUGGAAACCCAGCUGGACAAAGCCACCAAAGCUUUCCAAUACUACGAAGUCGAAUGAGGCGUCGACAAUGAUUUAAACAACCUUGUCACAGCUUUAUCAGGGCCUAAUAUUGAAGAAGAAUUAAAAACCGAAGUAAAAGGUGACGAAUAUUUCCUCAGAGGCGAAAAAGUGUUAGUCAUAAACUUAGCUGUAUCUUGCUUUAGCUGAAAUUGUAGAGGAACCUCAAUAGCUGUAGGAUAUACUCGAGAAGAACAUAGAGGCUGGUGUCCUCAUAAGUCAUAUAUAAGAAUAUGGACUUUAUUUAAGCGUGAACAAAAGUAUGUAGAAAUUGAAGUGGAUGGCUGCUUGACUGCUUUAAGCUUUCAUCCGACAUUGCCAAAUAUAUUAGCUGGAGGGACGUAUAACGGACAAAUGAUAUUGUGGGAUUUAGAUAAAAGCGACCCUUAUAAAACAAAUUCUAUAAUUGAUGAGUACCAGCAUAGGGAAGCUAUAACUUCUUUAUUGUGGGCUGUUUCGCCUGUAAGGCUGCCUCAGCUAUUCUCAAUUUCAACAGAUGGAAAAAUUUUGCAAUGGAAUUAUGAAAAUUUGGAAUUUCCUUUAAGAGGGUUUAUAUUGAAAAUAAAAUCGCAGCUUGAAGGAGGGCUAUGCUUUAGCAUCCCGCAUGAAGAAGAUAGCACAAUUAUAGCAGGCUCAGAAGCGGGGAAAAUCAUGAAGCUUACUUUUUCUGAGCUAAAUUCACAAAGUAUUCCAAUGGACGGUAUGAAAUGGAAACCAGAAGCUGAAAUGAUAUUAAAUAAUCUAAAUACCGGGCAUAGACAACAAGUAUAUAAAGCAGCUGUAAGAUACGCAAUGGAUAUGCAGCUGAAAGAAGUGGAGCCGAAGUGCAUUUUUUCUUGUAAGCCAGACUUGAUGAAAAUGUAUGCGAACCCAAUCACUUUUCACUAUGAAAAUCAUGAUGGGCCAGUUUUAGGGAUCGCCUGCAAUCCUUUUCAUAGGAAUUUAUUUGCAACUUGUUCUUCUGAUGGGACUAUAAGGCUUUACCAUAUAUUAUCCUCAAAGCCUAUACUUACUGUAGAACCAAAUCCGAAUAAAAGAAUAAUAUCAAUCAGCUGGUCAGAAACCAGGCCUCUGGUACUUGCUGGAGGCUCUGAUGAUGGGAAUGUCUAUAUUUAUGAUUUUUUGCAAAAUCAAUUCAACCAUGUUGCAACUUUGAAAGGGGACCAAAGAUCUAAAGUAACUGGAGUAGCUUUUAAUAAAGCGAUGAGAGAUUAUUUAGGAGUUUCAUAUAUCAGUGGAGAAGUGAAGGUCUUCCAACUGUCACCUGUUUUUACAUCAAGCCUUCCAGAUGAGCACAGGAGGCUGCUUUUAUUACUAGAGCAUGAAGAUUAA